AUGGGCAUUCGUGGUCUUAAAAGUUUUAUAGAAAAAAAUGGUUUCCUCCAACCAUACAUACUGAAAGAUACACGGGUUGUCAUUGACGGAAAUAAUAUUUGUCAUCACCUUUUAUACUUUGGAACAUGCCGAUAUUAUGGUGGCAACUACAUAGAAAUCAGACAAAAUGCCCAGUCGUUCUUUCAAGCUUUAUUAAAAUGCAAUAUUAAGCCGUACGUAGUGUUUGAUGGCGGGCACGACGAUGACGACAAGAAACUACAGAAUAUUAUUACGAAAUGCGAGCUCCGAAUGAAGGACAACGAAGAAAAGCCACCUAAACAAAUGGAAUGUUUCCCAGUCCUAGCUUACGAAUCUUUUACCAUGGUAUUGAAAGAACUAAAUAUUCCCCAUUUGACUUGUGACGGCGAAGCAGACAACCAAAUAGCAGUAUUGGCUAGGCAGUGGAAUUGCCCAGUUAUAUCUUGCGAUUCGGAUAUGUAUAUCUUUGAUCUACCUGGAGGCUUUAUUAAUUUCUCGGACAUAAAUCUGGAUCAGUCUACCAGUGGUGAGUUAAAUACUCGACUGUACGUUGCAAGUAAAUUUGCAAAUAGCAUAGGAUUACAUAUAACUCUAUUGCCAGUUGCAGCUACUGUAAUAGGUAGUUUGUAUGCAGAUAUUGAUAAUGGUGUAGCUAAUCUGUUCUUCAAACGCCUUGGAGGAAAAUCAAAUUUUGCCAGUAUUUCAAGAAACUUGAAAUACGCCUUUGAGUUAUUGAAAAAUGCAAAGAGUCAAAAGAUAGCAAUCGCAAUUUUAAUGCAGUGUGUGGACGAAAAACUUCACUCAACGAAAACAGAAGAAGUAAAAAAGACUAUUUAUUCAUCUGUCAGCGCUUACAAUGCAGAUUCAAUUGGAAACCUGCAACCAAGAGACUGUAGUGACCUACCACCUUGCACAAAAAGUGGAGUCUUUACAAUAUACCCUGAUGAAUCCAACAGUAUGACUGUAUACUGUGAUAUGUGUACCAAUGGUGGUGGAUGGACAGUAUGUUUUAAUUUGUAA